GUGAUCUACUGCUUCAGCCUCCCAAAGUGCUGGGAUUACAGGUUUUGGAGCCCUCUCUUAAGUCAGAACUCUGUCCCAACAAUCCUCUGAGUGUCAUCUCAGGACCUUGGUUAUACUCAUGGCACAAUGGCCAACUUUCAGGAGCACCUGAGCUGCUCCUCUUCUCCACACUUACCCUUCAGUGAAAGCAAAACCUUCAAUGGACUACAAGAUGAGCUCGCAGCUAUGGGGAACCACCCUUCUCCCAAGCUCCUCGAGGACCAGCAGGAAAAGGGGAUGGUACGAACAGAGCUAAUCGAGAGUGUGAACAGCCCCAUCACCACAACAGUUUUGACAAGCGUAAGUGAGGAUUCCAGGGACCAGUUUGAGAACAGCGUUCUUCAGCUAAGGGAACACGAUGAAUCAGAGAUGGCGGUGUCUCAGGGGAACAGCAACACGGUGGAUGGAGAGAGCACGAGCGGAACUGAAGACAUCAAGAUUCAGUUCAGCAGGUCAGGCAGUGGCAGUGGUGGGUUUCUUGAAGGACUAUUUGGAUGCUUAAGGCCUGUAUGGAAUAUCAUUGGGAAGGCAUAUUCCACUGAUUACAAAUUGCAGCAGCAAGAUACUUGGGAAGUGCCAUUUGAGGAGAUCUCAGAGCUACAGUGGCUGGGUAGUGGAGCCCAAGGAGCUGUCUUCUUGGGCAAGUUCCGAGCAGAAGAGGUGGCCAUCAAGAAAGUGAGAGAACAGAAUGAGACGGAUAUCAAGCAUUUGAGGAAGUUGAAGCACCCUAACAUCAUCGCAUUCAAGGGUGUUUGUACUCAGGCCCCAUGUUACUGUAUUAUCAUGGAAUACUGUGCCCAUGGACAACUCUACGAGGUCUUGCGAGCUGGCAGGAAGAUCACGCCUCGAUUGCUAGUAGACUGGUCCACAGGAAUUGCAAGUGGAAUGAAUUAUUUGCACCUCCAUAAAAUUAUUCAUCGUGAUCUGAAAUCACCUAAUGUUUUAGUGACCCACACAGAUGCAGUAAAAAUUUCUGAUUUUGGUACGUCUAAGGAACUCAGUGACAAAAGUACCAAGAUGUCAUUUGCCGGCACAGUCGCAUGGAUGGCGCCAGAGGUGAUACGGAACGAACCCGUAUCUGAGAAAGUUGAUAUAUGGUCUUUUGGAGUGGUGCUUUGGGAGCUGCUGACAGGAGAGAUCCCUUACAAAGAUGUAGAUUCUUCAGCCAUUAUCUGGGGUGUUGGAAGCAACAGCCUCCACCUUCCAGUUCCUUCGACUUGCCCUGAUGGAUUCAAAAUCCUUAUGAAACAGACGUGGCAGAGCAAACCUCGAAACCGACCUUCUUUUCGGCAGACACUCAUGCAUUUAGACAUUGCCUCUGCAGAUGUACUUGCCACCCCACAAGAAACUUACUUCAAGUCUCAGGCUGAAUGGAGAGAAGAAGUGAAGAAACAUUUUGAGAAGAUCAAAAGUGAAGGAACUUGUAUACACCGGUUAGAUGAAGAGCUGAUUCGAAGGCGCAGAGAAGAGCUCAGGCAUGCGUUGGAUAUUCGUGAACACUAUGAACGGAAGCUUGAGCGGGCAAAUAAUUUAUACAUGGAAUUGAGUGCCAUCAUGCUGCAGCUAGAAAUGCGAGAGAAGGAGCUCAUUAAGCGUGAGCAAGCAGUGGAAAAGAAGUAUCCUGGCACCUACAAACGACACCCCGUUCGUCCAAUCAUCCACUCCAAUGCCAUGGAGAAACUCAUGAAAAGGAAAGGAGUGCCUCACAAAUCUGGGAUGCAGACCAAACGGCCAGACUUGUUGAGAUCGGAAGGGAUCCCCAGCACAGAAGUGGCUCCCACUGCAUCCCCUUUGUCCGUAAGUCCCAAAAUGUCCACCUCUAGCAGCAAGAGCCGGUAUCGAAGCAAACCACGCCACCGCCGAGGGAACAGCAGAGGCAGCCAUAGUGACUUUGCGGCGAUCUUGAAAAACCAGCCAGCCCAGGAAAAUUCACCCCAUCCUGCUUACUUACACCAAGCUCAAUCCCAAUACCCUUCGCUCCAUCACCAUAAUUCUCUGCAGCAGCAAUACCAGCAGCCCCCUCCUGCCAUGUCCCAGAGUCACCAUCCCAGACUCAAUAUGCACGGACAGGACAUUGCAACCUGCACCAACAACCUGAGGUAUUUUGGCCCAGCAGCAGCCCUGCGGAGCCCACUCAGCAACCAUGCUCAGAGACAGCUGCCCGGCUCAAGCCCUGACCUCAUCUCCACAGCCAUGGCUGCAGAUUGCUGGAGAAGUUCUGAGCCUGACAAGGGCCAAGCUGGUCCCUGGGGCUGUUGCCAGGCUGACCCUUAUGACCCCUGCCUUCAGUGCAGGCCAGAACAGUAUGGGUCCUUAGACACACCCUCUGCUGAGCCAGUGGGGAGGAGCCCUGACCUUUCCAAGUCACCAGCACACAAUCCUCUCUUGGAAAACGCCCAGAGUUCUGAGAAAAUGCAAGAAAAUGAAUUCAGCGGCUGUAGGUCUGAGUCAUCCCUCGGUACCUCUCAUCUCGUCACCCCUCCAGCGCUACCUCGAAAAACAAGGCCUCUGCAGAAGAGUGGAGAUGAUUCCUCAGAAGAGGAAGAAGGGGAAGUAGAUAGUGAAGUUGAAUUUCCACGAAGACAAAGGCCCCAUCGCUGCAUCAGCAGCUGCCAGUCAUAUUCAACCUUUAGCUCUGAGAAUUUCUCUGUGUCUGAUGGAGAGGAGGGAAAUACCAGUGACCACUCAAACAGUCCUGAUGAAUUAGCUGAUAAACUUGAAGACCGCUUGGCGGAGAAGCUAGACGACCUGCUGUCUCAGACGCCAGAGAUUCCCAUUGACAUAUCCUCACACUCAGAUGGGCUCUCUGACAAGGAGUGUGCCGUGCGCCGUGUGAAGACUCAGAUGUCUCUGGGCAAGCUGUGCGUGGAGGAACGUGGCUAUGAGAACCCUAUGCAGUUUGAAGAAUCGGACUGUGACUCUUCAGAUGGGGAGUGUUCUGAUGCCACAGUUAGGACCAAUAAACACUACAGCUCUGCUACCUGGUAAUGAAGGAAUACACGUCCUGAAGAUCUCGUGACUAUACUGGCAUUUCAGAUCCACCCCACCCCCAGACUCGUCCCACUCUCUCCCAGCAUUUUGUCUGGGAAGAGAGACUACCCCAUCUUUACACCCCCUAGAAAUGAGCUGCAAUAACAGGAACAUGAAACUUCGCAAAUCUCUGGAAAAUAAUAUCCAAAUGAAAUUAAGUCUCACUGAACAUUUCAAUCAAGAAUGGCAGGGAUCUAUUUUAUUGAAUAUUCUAGCUACUGUAACAUUGAUAUUUAUUUUUGUUCGACAUUUUAACACUUUGUACUGUAAAGAGUGAACUAUAUAUGAGAUAGAGAUACAAUAAUUUCUUGCAAAAAAAAAAAAAGAGAUAAAGAAAAAGAAAAGAACAGAAAAAAAGAAAUAAGUGGAAUUUAGGAGCAACAUCCUUGGGAAUUUGUGGGGCCGGGAGGUAUUAUUGCUGCUUGAACAGGGGACCAGGUCUUUUGGCCAUAAGUGACUAAAGAAGAGCCAGAGCAAGACAUUUAACAUUUCAGAACACAAAGAACAGCAAAAGAAAAGCCAUUCCAGGCAACUUGUGAACAGAUCAUAUUCACUUCAACCAGCUUGUCCAGGUGGGUUACGGAAAUGACCUAGAAAAGUCUGGUGACCAGAUACUCGCACCCAACGUCUUCAAGGGCGUGUGCUUCCUCUAGGAGGGAAAAACAAACAAACCUGUAUAUGUGGAAGCUGUCAAAAUGUUUUUAAAUGUUUAAGCAGCAGUUGGUAGUGAGGUUUACAGAUAGCGUCAAAUCUUGUUUCUGGCAAAUACGUCCCUUUUUAGUGCUGUCACUGUCAUGACCUUGACAAAUGUGCUACCUUGACCCAAUGUGUUGAUCUUUCAUACUCAAGUGCCAUUUCCUUGUAGCUCAUUUCCUUUCUGUCUGCUGACCACUUUUACUGUAGGAACAAAGGUUGGGGGGCAGUACUGAGGAGGAGAAAAGGGUAAGAGAGGAAGAACAUCUACAACGGUGUUAGGAAAGCGAACGUGGAAUUUAUAAAACUCCAUUCUCAGGAUCACUCAGUUCAGCUACGUGGAGAAGAUGGAAUCACCCUUCUCUGGAACUAGGUUGCUUGUCUACUUGAGUCAUAUUGAUUCAAGCAGGAGAGCAGACGUUGAAGGCAGCUAGGAUGUAUGUGUCUAUACAAUGUCUGAGCCCAAACCAUCCCUUUGUUUUUAUUUACUAGCUCCUUCUAUGUUGGAAGUUCUUGUUUUGUUUUGUUUUUUUGUUGUCAUUUUGUUUUGUUUUGUUUUUUGACAGAGUUUCACUGUUUUUGCCCAGGCUAGAGUGCAAUGGCACAACCUUGGUUCACUACAACCUCCGCCUCCCGGGUUCAAGCGAUUCUCCUGCCUCAGCCUCCCGAGUAGCUGGGAUUACAAGCGCCCGCCACCAUGCCCAGCUAAUUUUGUAUUUUUAGUAGAGACGGGGUUUCACCAUGUUGGCCAGGCUGGUCUCAAACUCCUGACCUCAGGUGACCCGCCUGCCUCGGCCUCCCAAAGUGCUGGGAUUACAGGCAUGAGCCACUGUGCCCAGCCUAUCUUAGAAGUCUUAAUGACUGGUUACCACUGUCAAAAUAAAGGCAAAAACAAACAACCUGCAAAAGGCAACUCCUCUCCCAGCACCAUAGCAUUUUUGUUCAAUGCUACUUGUAAAAUAUCUUUUAGUUCACUCCAAAUCAAUGCAGUUUUAAGGAACUGGAUUUGAACAUUUGUGGAAAGAACAAGUGAUGCUGAGCAGAGAUAGGAAAGAUUUUUACAUUUGCCAAAAGCAUGAGGUCCUGCCUGUCUCCAGGGUCAUGGGCUCUGAAAAGCAUUCCAAGGUACUUCACGGUGCCUUGGCAUUAUGGAAAAUUUUAUUUAGAAGUUUAUGUACAAAUAGAUUUUGACCUAGUACCUGUCCCUGUCUCCAAGAUAGAUGACUGUCAAACAACCUCUCUAGAUUCGCUGGACUCUUUGACAUUGCAUCAUGUUGGACAUUAGGAAAUACUUGCACAGACAGCUGUUAAACCAUUUCCAAUGCACAUGAAAAUGUUGUCACUCCUCUGGGUUUCACUGAUUGUAUCAGCCAAAAAGGAAAGGCAGGAGGGAAUUUAGAAUUCCUUUUGCUUGUUUGAUCCAUUUGUUUACACUUUAUGUUGAUACAUUGAUUUAAAAUGUAGUGUCUGUGAUUUAUAGCUCUUAGGUAGGAUGAAGGAAAAUGUUUAAUUUAUACAAAGAACAGUAUUGUUUGCAUUAAAUUAUUCCAUUUUGUAAAAAUUCUGUAGCUGGACUACAUGAAAGAUCUUAAGUUAUGGCAUUAUUAUCAUUGUUAUUUUAUUUUAUAAUAUUAUUCUCAUUUUCUGUCGAUCAGAAGGUGUGAUUUAUGAUGUAGCACAAUGAUUGUGUUUAUUGCUAACCAGGAAUUAUUAUGGAUUUUAUGAUUUUAAUGAAGGAAUGAAAAUGGAACUGCCAUUUGGGAGCUCCCUGGUAUUGAUCUUAGCUGUGUUCCCUAAUUUUCUGUGUACAACAAUCAUCUGAGGAUGCAUGUUCUGCCCUGAAGCCCAAUGGAUACAUGUGAUUUUGACCUGAUCAUGAAAGCUCCUGGGUGGGCCGAUAACCCCCAGGAUGUCAAAUAGUGGAUGGACAUAUAGUUCAAAAGCUGUAAACUUUCUAAAGUUUCUUAGGAAAUAAAAUCAUGGGACUAUAUUAGAAAUAAAAAGAGAAUGAUUUAAUGUCCUGAGAGGAACAGACCUAGAGGGUUUCUACACAGGGCUCACGGAUUCAUUUCAAGAACUGACAACAUAGUUUGCAAUCUCCUUCCUGCCAGACCUCUUUAUUCUCCCAUCUUUAUUCUCCUAGUGGGGAGUAGCAGGGAGACUGAAAAAAGAAAUGGUAUACAGUAGUCCCCUCUUACCCAUGGCUUCACUUUCCAUGGUUUCAGUUAUGCUCAACCACAGUCCAAAAAUACUUGAUGGAAAAUUCCAGAAAUAAACAAUUCAUAAGUUUUAAUUGCACGGCAUUCUGAGGAGCAUGAUGAGAUCUUGCCCCUUGCUGCCCUGGAUGUGAUCCUCCCUCUGUCCAGCAUAUUCAUGCUGCUCAUCCAUUAGUCACUUAGUAGCAGUCUCGGUGAUCAGAGCGACUGUCUCGGUUAUCAGAUGACUGACUGUAUCACAGUGCUUGUGUUCAAGUACCCUUACUUGAUUAAUAAUAGCCCCAAAGGGCAAGAGUGCUGUGCCUAAUUUACAAAUUAAAUUUUAUCAUAGAUAUGUAAGUAUAGAAAAAAAACACACAGUAUAUGUAGGGUUUGGUACUACCAGAGUUUUUAGGCAUCCACCGGGGGUCUUGGAAUGUAUCCCCCAGAGAUAAGGGAGGACUACUGUAUAUACAUGUAGGGCAUGACAUAAAAUGCCUAACUGUGAUGUCAUCCUAGAACAAGACUAAAGAACUUUAAGAAGGAGGCCUGGUCACUUAGAGAACCAAGCACUGGAAAAAUAUCUUGAAAGGCCAUAUUUUCCAUCCUCUGACUUCAGAUCUCACUGUACUGCAUAUCUCUCUGGUUCAUUAUUCCUUGGAACUGAGAUGCUACAACUCUAUGUCUUCUUUCUAUCCAACAUGAAACACUGGCACUUUUGUCCAAUUCUUGCCCACCUUUAGUGGCAACAGAGAAACAUGAGGGUCAGCUUCUAUCUUACAUCUUUCAGUGAUGGUCUUCCUAGAAAACCUACCCCUGAUACCUCAUAAUUUUGAUCAGUUUUUUUUUUGAAUUCUCAUCUUGAUUAUCUGUUACACUAUUGUCAUCAUACACCUUAUCUGGAUUAACUGUUAUGAGUAUGUUAGGGUAGUACGUAGUGGCUGAAUCUCAGUCAUUCAUUGUAUAGCUGAGAGUUGAAUAGAGUCCAUAUUGAAUACAUUUUUUGGAGUAGAACUGACUAGGUUUCAGAGAAGAAUAAUGUCCUUAGUGGAGGUUAAAAAGGGAAAUACCUUUUCUAGCCCAGCCUGGUCCUUUGCUGCCUGCCUUGUGAUAACCAGGAAAAUCUUGAAUUGAUGUAUGUUUCUUUGAGAACGACUCCACACUCAUCUGAAGAGUGUUGAAUCAAGAGCUCAGGGAAGUUAUGAGCUAAUUCUUCAGUCCCGACAAGUGCUACAACAGUGCUUCCAGGAACCUCACAAGACUGUGAUUUCAAGCUGCUUCAUUGAUGGAAAGUUUCACCACCUUGGGAUGAAUGUCCAUGUUCAGUUAGCAUCUGUUUUUGACUGACUGCAAGAUGAUGAGUUCUAAUUUGGGUUACAGAUGAGCAUUUUGUUCUGAUUUCCAUCUAUUUCUAGAUCAUAUGCUCUGGAUAACAGUUCCUUUUAAAAUUGCUUUGCAGAGGGACUGAGAAGCCUGUAUCUACUUGGAAAUUAUAAUGGACCUUACCACCACUUAAGUUUAGACCUGUUUGCAAGAUGGUGGGGAGCUCCUGCUUAGAAAGAUGAAGAUGCCAGCUCUGUUGUAAACUAGCAUCUUCAUCUAGCUACUUGAAGUUGAGAUACUGUAUUUUAAAAUGUUGGCAUCAACAAAUCUAUCCUUCUAGAAUUAAAGACAUUUUGAGUAGGAUUUAGAGCUUCUGUAGAGCUUCAUCUCCUGUAGAGCUUCAUCAUGCUAAAUUAUUCCGUCUCCUUUUCUAAGUAAUAUAUGUGCUUGGGUUUGGGGUUUGCCUGGCACCAACCCAGACGUUUUUUUGGAGAGGGGGCGGGCAGGAUCUCAUUCUCUCACCAGGUUGGAGUACAGUGGCAUGAUUAUGGCUCACUGCAGCCUCACCCUCCUGGGCUCAAGUGAUCCUCCCACCUCAGCCUCCUGAGUAGCUGGGACCACAGGUGUGUGCCACCAUACACAACAAUUUUUUUUUUUUUUUUUUUGUAGAGAUGGGGGUCUCCCUGUGUUGCCCAGGCUGGUCUCAAACUCUGGACUCUAGCGAUCCUCCUUCUUUGGCCUCCCAAAGUACUGGGAUUACAAGCGUGAGCUGCCACGUCCAGCCUCCAGACUAUUUUAAAUGCCCUCUCCCACUGGGGAACAUUGGCAUCCUUUAAGAAUAAAUGCAUCCUUUUUGAUCAGAUGACUUACUCUUUUUUUCUUCAGUGUCCUAUGUCUCAACUUUUUUUUUCCUUUUCUUAAACAGUCCCACUUCAACUUCCUGGAACUGAAUUCUCCAGAACAUAACAUUUAUAAUCCAUAGAAUUCCUGCCCUGCUCUGCAGUAGAGUGUGCUAUGUUUUGUUUUCCCACUGAGCCAGAAGUCAAAAUAUUAUACUACCACUUACCACCAUCUACCCCCUCCAAGACCAAGACCAACAUUAUGUAUUGAGCACUGUAUCUUCCCUACUGAGCCGAGACACAGCCUCAGAACCUCUCAACAUAGCACUUGGAGCAACAAUUACCACUUGACUGAAAUUGCUGUUUGAGCUUGAGUUAGCCCCAAUGGGAGAACGACAGGCUCGCGCUAUAGUGUUCUCUUAUGGCUCCACCUGUGGUGUCAAGGGUGGUACCACUGAAAGGGGAAAGGUCACUUCCCUCCACCCACUGCCCUUCUGGACAACAAUUCCAAUGGAAGGAACACCAAUCACUGAUGGAUCCAAUUCCAAAUUCAUAUUCAUUCUGUUGAAUGAAUAUGGUCCUCCCUCACCUUUUAUAAACAGUAAAUUAAUAUAAGUCCCAGUUACUUGCUUCUUUCUUAGACUCUGAGACUCAUGUACGAAAAUAAUGUGACAUUCUUUUCGAGACUUUGACUUGUACUGUCAGUAUGAAUUUAGUGCCUUUCCAGGCAGCAAAAUGUUUCUUCUUUGCUGAUUUCAUAGGACAAACAUCCCAGGAUACUCAUACCACCAGUGUUACCAGCCUCACAGCCUGGCACAUUCAAGUCAUAUUAAUCUGCUUGUUUGCAUGUUACAACUGAUACUGCAAAUGCCUAUUCAAGUUGGACUGAACUAGGCUAAGCAGAGGACCCUUGUGGAACCUGGAGCAUUUCUCAGGGACAGGUGGCUACAGAGGGGAGCUCUGAAAUCACUGCUCUGAGAAACAAGAGGUGGGUUAAGGCUUUUGUUAAGUGUCAUGUGGCCAGGGUAUAAUGGCAGGAUUUCACAGAGCAGAGCCCUAAGCAGAUGGCAAGACCACUGUAAGGAAGCUCCCGGCAGCAUCCCAGGUCUGCUCUCCAGAGCCACUUCACAGCACUCAGGGAUCGCUGGCUCCCGGCCCCAGGCUGCUGUCCAGUGACCAGGUGGACAGGGUCCUCCAGUGACUGCAGGCCAAGGGAACCCCGGCCAGCACGUGCAAGCUAUUAGGAAGAUGGCCCAUCUUGCCCAUAUCACCCCAGUGGCUCUUCACCUCCAGAGUGACCACUUCCCAGACUCUGGAAGUGGGAAGACCCUCUUUGAUGCUUUAUUACAAUAAUUUGAGCUCCUAUGGACUUGGGGCAAAUGCAUUUCUCUUUUGUGGUUAAGUCUCCAAAUGAACGUCCUUACCUGCCUCCCCUCUGGUCUCCCGUACUGUCAGUCCCCAGCUCCCAGUGUUUUCUCAUGCCGGCUCCCCCUCUGUAUUGAACAACAAUGGGAACAAGAAUGACUAUCAAAGCAAACAAAUGCAUGGAAUUAAACAAAAAGUGUACUUCA